UAAUCUUCAUAAAACAUUUGUUUAUUUUAAAGCAGUAAUUGAUUGUAAUUUCACCAGAAUACAUCUUACUUAUAAUAAGAAUUUGAAAAUUAUACAACAAAUAAACAUUUACAAUUUAUUUUAUCUUCAUAUGUAGGUUCAAACAAAUACGAUUUGAAAAGAAGUUAAAUAUUUGUUUAUACAAUAUGAAUAAAUACUUGACACUUGCAAAAGCAGGUACAAGUUACGCCAAACAUAUGAAUCGUUUGAGUAAUCGAAUAUUCGGAGAAGUAACAAGAACAGUUAAUUCAAAAUCUAUGAAAGUAGUUAAAUUAUUUAGUGAAAAACCAUUACAAAAACGACCAGAAAUUGUUGAUUAUUAUCCACGGCAUCGUGAAACUAAUGAAUUAAUGAAUCAUCUUAGAAAUUAUGGAUUAUUCAGAGACGAACAUCAAGAUUUUAAUGAAGAAUUUCAACGUUUAAGAGAAUUUCGUGGAAAAAAGAAAUGGAUUCCACCACCUUUUAGAAAAUAAUCAUUUAUAAAAUUUGCAUAUAUUCAA